AUGUAUACGCAAGCUCCCAAUCUGGUUCCUGAAGAGUUUCUGGAAGAGUCUCCGUAUCAGUCGGCCGCUUCCGUUAUAUCUGGCAAAAGAUUAGAUUCGCCCCUCAAGGCACUUCAGAGAAUGUCACAUUCGACGGUAGAUGUGAUUGUCGUGGGAGCUGGUCUAUCCGGUUUGCAGGCGGCUCUUGACAUUCAACGGGCAGGCCUUAAGUGUCUCGUACUCGAAGCUCGUGAUAGAGUGGGAGGCAAAACGCUGUCACUUCGCUCCAAAACAGGCCAGGUCAAGUCUGAGUUGGGAGCAGCAUGGAUCAAUGAUACCAACCAGAGCCGCAUGUGGGCAUUGGCGAAACAGUUGGGCCUUCAGACCUAUGUUCAGAACACGGUUGGAAAUGUGGUUGUGCAGGACUUUGAUGGAUCCCUGAUCAAGUUUCGAUAUGGUGAAGCACCGAAAUACCCAGAGUCACAAGACACUGAGUCAUGCAUUUCCAUACGUGAUCUGGUCGAAAGUGCUGCGACGUCUCAGCAGCCAUCGAUAUUCUCUGCAGGACCUCAUCGGCGGCAUUUGGAUUCGAUAUCCUUUGAGAAGUACCUCGAGGAUGCCAAGGUAACACCUAAAGCCUUUGCAACGGCACAAGUGUGGACGCACGCAAUGCUAGGAGUGGAUCCAAGCGAAGUGUCGGCGUUGUAUUUUCUCGAAUACUGCGCUGCUGGUGGAGGACUGAUGACGAUGCGCAGCGAUGCCAAAGGCGGAGGCCAAUAUCUUCGACUUGACAAGGGAACGUCUGCGUUUUCUGAAGGCAUGGCACAGAUGCUAGAGAAGGGGUCUCUCCGGUUGUCCAGUCCCGUGGUGUCCAUCACCCAUGGGGCUGAAGGGGCAAUUUCUGUGUCAGUCCAGGGACCUGAGCCUCGAACGUUCCAAUCUCGCAAGGUGAUUGUCUCGAUUCCUACGCCGGUCUACAAGACACUCACAUUUGAACCUCCCCUUCCUGCAUCCAAGACUGCGGUUGUUAAUCGAACGCGAUAUGGAUUUUACACCAAAUAUAUUGUGUCGUUUACAAGACCGUUCUGGUUGGACCAGCAGCUUUGCGGCCUGGCACAAUCAUUCACCGGACCAGUGUCGGUGUUCCGAGACACAAGCCUCAACGACGGCAAAACAUACAGCUUGACAUGUUUCUUAGGGGGACAGUUUGGGCGGCAAUGGGCUGCACAAGAUGCAGAGGGCAAGAAGAAUUCGGUGUUGAAGCAGAUUAGCGAUAUUUUGGCAGGUGGAGAGGACAUCAAGGAUCUUUUUGUUGAAUCUUUUGAGUCACCAUGGAUGGAAGAGACGUAUUCUGGGUGGGGAUGCCCAUGCCCAGUGAUGCCUCCAGGGGUGUUGGCGGACGGCUGGGAAGCACUGUUGGCACCGGUUGGGAACAUACACUUUGUUGGAACUGAGUUGACAAGCGUGUGGCGAGGCUAUAUGGAAGGAGCGAUUCGGUCAGGAGAGAGAGGUGCAAGUGAAGUUGUUGCUGAUCUGCGGAAGAUGAGUUCAAGACUAUGAGGAGAAGAUUUCCACCAUCUUGGAGGUAGAUUGUGGCACUAUCCUUAGGGACAGAUCGUGGCCAGCAGAGAUCAGGAACGAGAGACAGAGGAUUUGGGAUUGAGACAACGACUGAGAAUAGUGACGAAAUUCGUAGGUGGAGAGUUGUAGAAGACAGAUAAGAUGAAAUAAAGGGAAAGCAGACGAAUGAAG